UCACAUGGAAGCCAGUCAGUCCUACACCAGCGACAACUAUGAAACUGUUGAUGGUCACCGUGAGUGUUGGUCUCCUGUUGGGCUCCUGCACGGCAGAUGGCGGCUCCCACCAUGGCAGCAGCUUUUCACGUGGAGCUCACGGAGGAGGCUCUGGUGGCGGUCGUCGUGGGUUCAACGGCGGUUCAUACUCCGGUGGCGGCUCCAGCGGUGGUCAUGGUGGCUCCAGUGGGAGCCACGGCUUCACAGGAGGUUCUUUAGGACACGGGUCAGGAGCCAUCUCAUCUGGUAGUGGCGGUGGAUCCACUGGUGGAUUUUCUGGAUCCACUGGUGGCUCCCUCGGUCAUAGUGGCUCGGCUGGUAGUUAUGGAUCUGUCGGUGGUCGAAGUGGUUCCUUCGGUGGUCAAGGGGGUUCCUUCGGUGGUCAAGGGGGCUCCUUCGGUGGUCAAGGGGGUUCCCACAGUGGUCGUGGGGGAUCCUUCGGUGGUCAAGGAGGCUCCUUCGGUGGUCAAAGGGGUUCCUUUGGUGGUCAAAGGGGUUCCACCAGAGGCCAUCGUGGCUCAUACGGUCGCCCAUACGGUCAGUGAUGUGAGUCCUCGUGACAUUUACAGACACAAGGUCAAAUCUACGUACUGCCUUGUGUCAGGCACUAAGUGUUAAUAAAUAUAAUCAAAAUCAA